AUUGCAGAAAUCAGUGGAUGUUCCAUGCUGUAUGUGAAGCCAAGACUGUUUUCUUCAGACCAUUCAUCGAUUUUUAUAAGAAGAUUUCACAGCUAUUGACAGCAUUCUCAUACUAAGAUUAGUGCUUUGAAGUGUUGCUUUGCUGUGUACCUUUAAGAUCUGAAGAAGGACUUUUACUGAAGAUUCUAAAUGGAUUCACUCACCAGCUGCUCACCUCAUGCAAUUCUUGAGGACACUGCUUCCAAAAUAGGAUGUAGCAUGACCGAUGAAAAACUUGCUCUCUACCUGGAUGAACAAGACAAGCUGAGACAUCUGAGAGACUGUUUUCAUAUGCCCAAAGUUCGAGACUUGCCUGAAAUUGAUUCAGAACUGGUAGAUAAAGACCAGAACUGUGUAUACCUCUGUGGGAAUUCACUUGGUCUCCAACCCAAAAAAGUCAAAGAAUAUAUUGAUGAAGAACUAGACAAAUGGGCUAAAAUAGGAGUCCAUGGCCAUUUCCUUGGUACUCGUCCUUGGGUACUGGCAGAUGAAUGCAUUGCUGAACUCAUGGCAAAACUUGUUGGCUGUAAAGUGGAAGAAGUAGCAUUAAUGAAUGGUUUGACAGUGAAUUUACACCUUCAGCUGCUGUCAUUUUACAAACCUACUUCAACUCGAUGCAAGAUUCUACUGGAGGCCAAAGCAUUUCCCUCUGAUCACUAUGCUGUUGAGUCCCAAAUACGAUUUCAUGGUUUGGAUCCUAAGGAAAAUAUGUUAUUUAUACAUCCACGACAGGAUGAGGAAACUCUAAGAACUGAAGAUAUCCUUGAUGUUAUUGAAAGACAAGGCAGUUCCAUAUCUGUGAUACUGUUCAGUGGAAUCCAAUAUUACACAGGACAGCUGUUUAAUAUUCCGGCUAUAACAAAGGCAGGUCAUGCAAAGGGCUGUUUUGUUGGCUUUGACAUGGCUCACGCGGUUGGUAAUGUAGAACUUCAUUUACAUGACUGGAAUGUUGACUUUGCCUGCUGGUGUUCAUAUAAAUAUUUGAACUCUGGAGCAGGAGGAUUAGCUGGUGCUUUCAUUCAUGAAAAACAUGCUCAGACUAUAAAGCCUGCGUUAACAGGCUGGUGGAGCCAUGAAUUCAAGACAAGAUUUUGCAUGGAGAAUGAACUGAAGUUAAGUGAGGGAGUCAAUGGUUUUCGACUGUCAAACCCAUCCAUUUUGCUGGUCUGUGCAUUGCAUGCUAGCCUUGAGGUCUUUAAUCAAACCACUAUGAAAGAUCUAAGGAAGAAAUCCAUUCUUCUUACUGGAUACUUGGAGUACCUUGUAAGAUAUAAUUUUUCUCCAGACAAAACAGACCCAAAGAAGCCAUAUGUGAAUAUACUCACACCCUCAAAGUUUGAAGAAAGAGGAUGUCAGCUUUCUCUGUCAUUCUCUGUCCCAGUCAAAGCUGCUUAUAAGGAGCUUGAAAAACGCGGAGUAGCAUGUGACAUACGGGAACCAAAUGUUCUACGGAUUGCACCAGUACCACUCUACAAUUCUUUUCAUGAUGUGUUUCGAUUUAUUUCCAUCCUUGGACCUGCAAUUAAUUCAGCAAAUACUAGCAAAGUGGGAGACAAUAAUAAAUUAUAAUCUGUGUCAUGGUCAACACUGUGCUACAUUUGCCUAAUGGUUAAUAUUUGAAUAUUAAUGUAAGAUGUGAGGAAUAAUUACAUGUAACAUUCAAUCUUCUGAAAUUAAAGCACAUUUUAUAGAUGUACAACAGUAUACAUAGUUUCCCUAUACCAAACACUUACUUUGUGAGCAUUUUGUAGACUUGAGAAUAUCUUCCUCAAGCAGAAAGCUGUAGAUUAUAUUUAUUAUUUACUAUUAGGCUUUGACAAUGUUUAACUCAAAAAAAAUAAUGAUGAUGAGUUGUUGAUGGGUUAAAGAUCAUUCUAAGUUUCAAAUAAAUGGAAUAAAUAUUUCAUGGAUGUUA